UCAGUGACUGCAUCUCAACUGCCCUGGUUGGCUGGUCUGGCUGCCAGCUCUUGCAAUGAAAGUGUGAAGAUCAUUGAAUGCAGCUAUUCCUUAGCAGAAGGGCUGUCUGAGAUGUUUAAACUGCUGGUGGAUGGAAAAUUGACCAAGACCAACUAUGUGGUAAUAAUCUGCACAUCAAGACCCAAUUGCAUAGACUCCUGCAUUGCUAUAACAGGAAAAUAUCAAUCCCGGAUGUUAAUGGAAAGUAUGUACACUCCAGCAGAAUUCCUGAAAGAGGUCAACUAUGAGCUGGUUAGUGGCAAGGUGGAAUCUCUAGGAUCCUUCUUCAGCAAUCUGUGUCCAGAUGGGGACAUAGAUGUUCUGCUGGACAAAUAUCAUCACGAAAACCUUGGCGUCAUUUCUUCAACA